UUAACUUAAUAUGCUAUUAACUUCAAAGUUUUGAUCUAUUUUCCUGGGAAAUCAAAUGGAUGACUGUGAAUUUUGUGGAGGAACUAUGAGGCUAAAGGGUAAAUGUAAUUUGAAAAUGGCAGGUAGGGGAGAGAGGAGUGCAGCUUUCGGGAGGGCAGAAGCAGAGAAUAGCUAUAGCUAGGGCAAUGCUGAAAAAUCCAGCAAUCCUGCUACUGGAUGAGGCAACAAGUGCACUGGACUCGGAGUCAGAAAAACUAGUGCAGGAGGCUCUUGACCGGUUCAUGAUUGGAAGGACAACGCUUGUCAUUGCUCAUCGCCUUUCCACCAUUCGCAAGGCUGACCUUGUAACUGUGCUGCAGCAAGGGACUGUCACCGAAAUUGGAACACAUGAUGAAUUGAUUUCCAAGGGAGAAAAUGGUGUCUAUGCCAAGCUCAUCAGAAUGCAGGAGAUGGCACAUGAAACCGCUCUCAACAAUGCCAGAAAGAGUAGUGCAAGGCCUUCAAGUGCCAGGAACUCAGUUAGCUCACCAAUAAUUGCCCGAAACUCCUCCUAUGGUCGAUCACCAUACUCACGCAGGCUAUCUGACUUCUCUACUUCUGAUUUUAGUCUAUCCCUUGAUGCCACACAUCCCAAUUACCGGCUUGAAAAACUAGCCUUCAAGGAGCAAGCCAGUUCAUUUUGGCGCCUUGCAAAAAUGAAUUCUCCUGAAUGGGUUUAUGCUUUAGUCGGUUCUAUAGGCUCUGUUAUCUGUGGCUCCCUAAGUGCCUUCUUUGCAUAUGUUUUAAGCGCUGUCCUCAGCGUCUACUACAAUCCAGACCAUGCAUACAUGAGCAGACAAAUUGCAAAGUAUUGCUACUUGUUAAUUGGCCUUUCAUCAGCUGCACUUGUCUUCAACACACUUCAGCAUUCCUUUUGGGACAUCGUGGGAGAAAACCUUACAAAACGUGUGAGGGAAAAAAUGCUAACAGCGGUGCUGAAAAAUGAAAUGGCAUGGUUUGAUCAAGAGGAAAAUGAGAGUGCUAGGAUUGCAGCAAGGCUGGCUCUCGAUGCCAACAAUGUCAGAUCAGCCAUUGGAGACAGGAUUUCAGUGAUUGUGCAGAACACAGCACUCAUGCUAGUUGCAUGCACUGCAGGUUUUGUUUUGCAAUGGCGCCUUGCCCUCGUUCUCAUAGCUGUCUUCCCUGUUGUUGUUGCAGCAACUGUUUUGCAGAAAAUGUUCAUGCAAGGAUUCUCAGGAGACUUGGAAGCUGCUCAUGCCAAGUCGACACAACUUGCAGCAGAAGCCAUUGCCAAUGUAAGGACUGUUGCUGCCUUCAAUUCAGAGUCAAAGAUUGUUGGCCUGUUCUGCUCCAACCUUGAAAUUCCAUUACGUCGCUGCUUUUGGAAAGGACAGAUUGCUGGAAGUGGAUUCGGGGUUGCUCAAUUUUCUCUUUAUGCUUCCUAUGCUCUUGGCCUCUGGUAUGCUUCGUGGCUUGUGAAGCAUGGGAUCUCUGAUUUCUCAAAGACAAUCCGAGUUUUCAUGGUCCUCAUGGUCUCCGCCAAUGGUGCUGCUGAAACGCUAACCCUGGCUCCUGACUUCAUCAAAGGUGGGCGAGCAAUGCGGUCAGUCUUUGAACUUCUUGACCGCAAAACAGAAAUUGAGCCUGAUGAUCCAGAUGCUACUCCAGCUCCUGACCGUCUUCGUGGGGAAGUUGAAUUAAAGCAUGUGGACUUUUCUUACCCCUCUCGCCCUGAUGUUCCAAUCUUCCGUGAUCUUUCUCUUCGUGCUCGAGCAGGCAAAACUCUUGCUCUUGUAGGUCCUAGUGGAUGUGGUAAGAGUUCAGUCAUUGCACUUAUACAGCGAUUCUAUGAACCCUCAUCUGGACGGGUUGUGGUUGAUGGGAAGGACAUUAGAAAAUACAAUCUUAAGUCUCUGCGAAGGCACAUGGCAAUUGUUCCUCAGGAACCAUGCCUCUUUGCUACUUCCAUUUAUGAGAACAUUGCUUAUGGACAUCAGUCAGCAAGUGAGUCUGAGAUCAUUGAAGCAGCUACAGCUGCCAAUGCUCACAAGUUCAUAUCUGGAUUGCCUGAUGGCUACAAAACAUUCGUCGGGGAGAGAGGAGCUCAACUUUCUGGGGGGCAGAAACAAAGAAUUGCAAUAGCUAGGGCUCUCCUUAGGAAGGCAGAGCUUAUGCUGCUAGAUGAAGCAACAAGUGCACUCGAUGCUGAGUCUGAGCGAUCAGUUCAAGAGGCUCUAGACCGCGCAUGUGCAGGAAAGACUACAAUUGUUGUUGCUCAUCGAUUAUCAACCAUCAGGAAUGCCCAUGUCAUUGCAGUAAUUGAUGAUGGGAAAGUUGCAGAACAAGGUUCCCAUUCACAUUUGUUAAAAAAUUAUCCUGAUGGGUGUUACGCCCGCAUGAUACAGUUACAGAGGUUCACACAUAGCCAAGUUAUUGGAAUGACAUCAGGUUCAAGUUCCUCAGCAAGACCCAAAGACGACGAGGAUAGAGAAGCUUACUAAGUUUAUGAUAAUACCAAGUGAAAAAAGAUUAUUUCCCUUAUACCCCCCUUAAUGAUUUUUUGGGUUUUGAUUUUCAGUUUAAUGUUUUGUUAUAGUAUAGUAUGUGUAUUACCUAAAUUUUAUAUAUUGUCUUUAUGAAUAUUUCUAAGGAAAUGAUAAUGACCAUACUUCCUUCACAUCCCAA